AUGGGUGCCACAACUGAGAAUAAGCCCGCCGCGGUCGCUGUGAACCGCGAGCAGAGGCGCAAUGAUGCGCUCAAGCGGGCCAUCGCUUUCUCCAAGUUCCCUCUCAUCACUGGCCUGCUUUAUUUCGCAUGGCGCACCAUCAGCAUCAUCCUGAGCUUCGGCUCCUCCAGCUGGAGCGAGCUGGCUGUUUUCAUCGGAUUCUUCGUGGUGGAGUGGACCUUCGCUAUCUCGGGUUUGAUGAACGCCCUACUUCUGCUCGGCCUCGGAAAGAACUGGACUCCUCAGCCGCGACUACGCGCCACUGGCAAGGACUUACCUAGAGUGGACGUUUUCUGCCCAUGCUACGGCGAGGGCUUGGACAUCAUCACCGACACUCUCAUGGCAAUGCUGGACCAGGACUACCCCAAAGAUCGCUACCGUGUCGUCGUUCUCGACGACGGUGGAUCGGAAACUGUCCGCCAGCUCGUUAUCCAGCUCAAGAGCUCCCACCCAGACGCCCAGCUCUACUAUGCUGCGCGAGGCGCUGCGGUUAAGAUCCACUCCAAGGCCGCCAACAUCGCCUUUGGCAUGGAACACGUCAAGACGCUUCCGGGAGGUGCCGCGCCAUUCUUUGGUGUAUUGGACAUUGACAUGAUCACUGGCCGUGACUUCAUUCGCGGCACUGUUCCAUUCUUCGAGCAGGAUGAGAAGGUCGCUUUGGCGGGUGCCCCACAGAAAUUCUACAACCUCCCUCAAGGUUUCUGCCUUGCUCCGCGGUUCCACCUCGACUCCGAUGUUAUGCAGCGCCUUUUCGACGCCAGCGGCAAGGCCGUCUGCCAAGGUACUGGCUACCUCGCACGACGAUCGGCAUUUGAGCACAUUGGAGGUUUCCCGACCAUGGUCAAACAGGAGGACAGCUUCAUCGUCACUAUCAUUCUGCAGGCAUACGGCUUCAAGGCGCGCUUGGUUGAGGAAGAGCACCAGCACGGCAUGAAUGCGCUCACGUACACGGAUAUGGCCAAGCUUCAGGCCAAGUGGAUGUCUGGUAUUAUCCACGGCUACUCUCUCUUCCUCCACCCCAUCAUCUCCGACAAGCCAUUCGGUGUCAAGUUUGCAAGCAUCAUCCCCAUCCUUCACAUGACUCUUCUGCGAUUCUGGAUGAUGCUCUCACUUCCCAUGAUCAUCGCUUUCGCACGCUGCCAGGUUGUUCCCAGCAAUGGCAACAGCUUGCUCAUCUCGCUGGUGCUUAGCUUCGUUGCUUACUCAUCGGCCUACAUCCUCAACUGGUCCCUCUCCAUCGCAGCCAACGACACCAUUUCCCUCGACGAUGGUGUGCGUCUCUGGAACUUGCCCUACCAGCUCAAGGGUGUGAUGUGGCUCAUCCACCACCAAAUCUUCGGCGAGAACAAAAUGGCCGCCUUCAAGACCACCGGUGCCGACGUCGCCGCCACCCGCAAACUCACCAGCAAGACCUUCUUCGGCCGCCUGUGGCGCACCAUCACCGGCGACGGCGGCUGGAUGCACCUCACCUACUUCGCGAUCCUCGCCUACGUCGUCUCGCUGACCAUCAACGAGGCCCUUCCUCUCCAGACCCGCUCCUACUAUGCCCUGCUCACCUCCAUCGCCUACCCACCCUUUGCCAAGAUCAUCCUCGACUGCACCUACAACGCCUUCGUGCCGAUCCAAUACGUCCUCAACCCUGACCCGAACGCGCGCACCCGCGAGGACUACCUCACCCGCGACGUCAAGACCGGCAUUGCCCGACCUAAAAAGGAGUGCAUUACCCCGCCCACCCCGGCUUUCUGGGGUACGGCCGGAAUUACGGGUCUCACCUGGUUGUAUUUUGGCCUGGCGCCGGUAUGGACUGCGCUGUUUGCAUGA